UUUCAUGUUCCAGCUGUUUUUGCGUAGUAGUCUUUUUGUAUACAUAUUCGUUCGCCAUUCCAGUGAGAACGUUCGUAAAAAUCUCUUGAAGGAUUUUUCUCAAUCAAUUUUUUUGGUCAUAAAUGGAUGUUUUGAGUCAUUUAAUGAAGUUUUAGGUAUAUCAGUGUGUGUCUGUGCAAUUUCAAGAGAAAAAACUGUAUUUGAGGUGCCAGGAAAAGUUAAAAGUGGAUGAUUUAAGAUUGGAUCCUGAAAUUUUUCAGACUUCUUCAACACAAUAAAAAUCAACAUUUCUCUUGCUUUGUGAAUUGUGCUUCUCAACAUACAGAAAAAAAAAUUCUCACGUAGUAGGAAUAAAGAUUUUUUUUUCUUUUCUGAGAAAAAUGCCAUUUUACUCAAAAGAUUGGCGAGAUCCAGGUGAGGCUUGGGUCAAAACGGAUGAAGGAUGGGAAAAGUUGAAGGUCCUGGAGUGUGGAAAGAGGAAGAGAUGCAGUAGUGAAUGCAGCAACUCUUCAGAAGCGUGCGACACAGAAAAUUGGAAUAGCGAUACUGAAGUUGAAAUCCCACCACACUGCCACAUAACACUUAAAUGCACUCGUGAGAUUGCUGGCUUCAAUGCUCUGGGUGAAGCUGUUCGUCGACUUGAUUUUCGAAAUGCUGUAAAAGAUCGCAAGAGGUUCCAAUACAUUUGUGCUCUUCUCAGGAUGUUGGUGGCUCACAGAGGUAUCACUAGCUUGCCUGGUGGGGCGCAAAGAUUACUACUGCAGAUGAUGGAGGAGGUCGCAUGUCAUGUGAGCGACAGUCAACAAAAUCUCAAUAUCUUACGAUCAUUGGUGAUGCAUCUGCAGGAGAUCAUUUAUCAGGAGAAUCAAAAAUGCUGGGGAAAACCACUUGGUAGUACGAGCCUAUGGAAAGGGCAUGUUGAGACAAUCCAGAGGAUUCAACAUAUUGCAAAUGCAAUUUGCAUAAGCGGGCCAGGCCCGGAAAUUCGUCCAAAGCUCCAUGAUCUUCCGGAAGAGUGUAUUCGCGAGAUUCUUUUACGUCUUGCUGAUUACAGUGAUCUCGAGGCAUCAUCAGCUGCUUGGUCUCUCAUGUCAGCUCUAGUGGCAGAGCAGAGAAUUUGGCGUGAGCUAGCUCACUUUCAUUUCACACAGGAACAAAUCCACGUCUUGGUACAGAAGGAAAAACACAUUCAAGAUGAUGGUACAACAGACUGGAAGAAGGUCUAUCAUGCUCUUAGGAAAACAUACGGCCUCCGAGAAGAUCUACAAUAUACGGAAAUUUUGUCUCUCUGUCGUUUCUGUCGAUGUCUCUUCUGGCCAUCAGCUGGUCAUCCGUGCAUUGCUGAUCAAAGUCCAGACUUUAGAGCGCGUCUCAAAGAGGCUGGAUGCCUCACUGAAUCCCAGCCAGUACCACCGGCUCAAUUUCUCAAAUACUUCUCACUAUAAUGUGUAGAAGUUUAUCUCACUAAUUAUGCAUUCGUGAUUUGAGUCAACACAACUCAGAAGAUAAGAUUUUUUUGAUCAGAUACGAUAUUAGCUGUUUUAAUCACCGGUUUGAAUUUUGAAAAUUGUUGUGUUUUAUUUAAAUGAAAAAAAAAGGAUGAUUAAACUGUUAUCUGGAUUGACUGAGUGAUGAGUUGUGAGCUGACCUAUGAACUACAAAAAGAAAAA